AUGGCUGUCCAUUACCAGUGCGGUCUCAGUUUGUUUGCGAUGCUGUGCGUCUCCCUGACUCUGGGCUGCUCCACGCUGCGGUUACAGAAAAUUCUGAUCGCAACAACUCUCAACACCUUGGAUGAGAUGGGAGGCCAUGUGCCCAGACAUUGUGUGGCAGUCGGAGCGGAGCAGGGAAUCGCCUCCCCGGACCUGCGCCUGUUGUUGCAGCCUUUACAGAACAACGACAGAAUUCUGCUGCUGCACAAGACAUUCCAACACCUCAACAAGAUUUUCCAUAAAAACAUGAAGUCCGUCACCUGGGACCUGACACAGGUGAAUCACUUCCGGGAACUUCUGGUCACUCAGCGGGAAGUGGUGAAGGAUUGCAUCCAGGAUUCAGCAUCUGAUUCCAUGCUGAGCGCCCUCUCCACCAUCCACACUUACUUCCGGAAGCUGAAAAAGUUUCUCAAACAGCAGAGAUACAGCGCCUGUGCUUGGGAAGUGAUCCGGAUGGAGACCCGAGCUCGCUUACAGCAAAUCCUCAUCUUAACAGCAAGAAUGACGAAAGGAAACUGA